AUGUGCUGCCUGUCUCUGGCGAUGAUCACCACCUCAGCUCCACCACUAUCAGUUCUACAACCACAGAAGCUAGUGACAUGCUUCUGGUUGAUCGGAUGUGGUAUGAUGUCGUUGGUGAAAUCGAAGACAGAAGAUUUAGUAAAAUGUGAAGUUAUAGAUGGUGGAGAGCUCAAGUCUAGAUGUCAUUUAAAUGUUAGAGGAAAAAGUACAACUCUACCAUCUAUCACUGAAAAUGAUUGGGAUGAUAUCAAAUUUGGUGUGGACAAUCAAGUUGAUUUCUAUGCGGUUUCCUUUGUUAAAGAUGUGGUUUCUUUUGCGGAGUUCUGA